GAUAGAUAGAUAGAUAGAUAACACACACGUAGGAAGAGAGUGGGAAAGACAAAGAAAUUGUUUUCUAUUUAAAUAUUGCUGAUUACGAACGUACGAUUAUAAUUGUAUAAUAGAUAUAAACGAUAAGAGAUUGAUAACGUAAUAAACUAUUGACAUAUAUACGUAACAUGUGUAACAUGUAUGUAUGACAUAUUGCAUAAUCAGAGUUUUUGUUUUAAUUCAUAAAUUUGAUAAUAGUGACGUAAUGACGACAUUAAUUUAUUUGUAGCAUAAUCGUAGUUCUAUAUUUGCGUUUCUUAUAUUUGCAUUUUGUGAUUAUUCAACAGGCAAACAAUAAGUGAACAUUACGUCGGUUUUAUCGGUCGGUUACAUCAGUACACGUAUGUAAAUAUGCGACGAUGUGUACGUAUAUAUAUAUAUAUAUACGUACGGAUAUACGUGCUCGUUCAGUCACAGCACGCGUGACGUAUCGUGAGAUAAACUCGGAUAAACUCUGCUUACAUUAUAAGCAGGUGAAGGCGCUUCAACGCGCGGUGUACUCUGCGUUACAUCGUGCCGGUUGUUCUGCGCCGGUGUCAGUAAACCUCCAGCUACCUCGCGGAGCGGAGUGGAGCGCAGUGAAUUCGAGUGUGAUAAUAAAAACACAACUCUCCAAAUGCCGCGUUAUGCCGAUUGCGUACGCAAUUAAUACGACGGGUCAUAAUUAAAACCGGACGGGUAUAAUUUCAUUUAUUUGUAAUUACACGUGUGACCACGAAAUUCAAAAAAACAUCCAACUAAUUAAUUAAGCAAAUCGGACAUGGCGCCUAAUGCGGAGGAAGAAUUGUUGAUUGUGAGACCAUGGGGACCGCAAUUGGAAAAGGAACGCUUAAGACCACCCACAUACAACGCCGAAGAUUACGCAAUUGCAUUAAGACGAUGGGGAAGACGUUCAUUAGGAACCAUUCAAGAUUCUCAAGGUACCUUGCCGUCGACGACCAGUUCGAGUUCCGGUUACGCAUCCGGAAGUGGAGAGAUGACCUUGAGACAGUUUACAUCAGUCAGUGAGCUGUUAAAUAAACUCAGAGCUGAUCUCAGACUUGCUUUUCCAAGCUUUGUACAAGAAUUUGCCUCCCCGCCUGCGGAUGGAAUUAUUUUGCUGUUAGAAACAUUACGUGGUGUCCAACUUAUCCAAAAUUCACCGCCGAAUUCAGGGCAAGCUGGACCCAGGAUUGGUAUCAGAAGGGCUGCUCUGGAUGAAUUGGGAUGUGUGGAGUGUUUGGCUGCGUGCGGCGAACGAUGCGCCGAUGCGCCGCGAUUAUUGGUGCAGGCGCAACCUGGCCUCCUAGCUCUUGCCGUGUGUCUAACUAGUAGUCUGAACCGGUCUCGAGUUCUGGCUCUUCAGCUCUUGACAAAAGUGUGUCAAACGCCAGGUGGGCAUGCAGCUGUUUCGGAAGCGGUGUCAACUCUAAGACUCAAAUAUGGAGAAGGAGGAAGAUUUCGAUUCUUAGCAGGCGCUCUUUUAGCUCCUAGAGCAGCCAUUGCAUUAAGAGUUGCAGGAAUUUCAUUUUUGAACGCCUUUCUGAAAUCUGCACCUCGUACACAAACUAAGUUGUAUAUUCAGGCCGAAGCCUGCGAAGCUGGCUUAGAGCCGCAGGUACUUCAGGAAUGGUUAAGAGAAUUUGAUGAAUAUGAAGAGGAUACUUUAACUGAUUUGCUACACAAGGAAAUUCAGAAAUGGACGCAUAAUUGCGUUGACGUAGAUGCUUUGCAGCGCAGAGUUACGCAUGCAGAGGAAACUUGCAGAAUACUCAGCAAAAAAGUAUCGCUUCUGCAAAUGCAACUUGAAAAACAAAAAGAUAGUAAUUUUGAAGAACGAAAUAAAUCUGCACCGAUGAUUUUUAUUGCAAAAAACCCAAAAGUACCCUCGAACGCAGAUGAUGAAGGUAUCAGCUCCUCGGAGAGAUCCAGCAGUCCUGAAAAUACAAAAACAAGAAUUAAUCGGCAAAAGGUAUCAUCUGCGCAAAGCAAUGAUCAAGAAAUAACGAUAGAUGAUGUAAUUGAGGAACUAAGGAUUAUAGUGAAGGAUGCUGAGGAAGAAUUCAGCGACAGAAUUCAAGAACUGAAUUGUCAUACUAACGAUCAUGAGACUGCCUGUAACAAGCUGGAAUCGAAUAAAAAUAAAUUAUACCGAUCAAAUUCCAAAAUUUCAUUAAAUAACUCGGAAAGAUAUGUACAUAACAAAAUAUCCAAGAAAGAUCAAUAUACAGAUUUGAAGAUGUUAAAAUCGAGUAUGAAUUCUAAUGCGUUUCAGAAUCAUCUUCCAAUAAAAGGUGAGCAAAUUACUUAUUUCGGUAAUGAUCAAGAUUACAGUGCAGAAUCGGAUGGUAUAAAGAAAUUGAGUUCGGAUGGACCGCGUAAGAUGUCAAAGUCAUCGAUAGAUGACAGUGUUAAAAUCAUCAUAAAAGGACCUGACGUAGAAGAAGCGAUAGUACCGGCUAUUCUACAUCCACAACCACCACGGAGAGCUCCGCCAUGUUUAUCAGCCAUCAUGGCUGCCAGGCAUUAUGAUUUCAUCGACACAGUGAUGUAUAAUUCUCACGACGAAGAAGUAGAAGAAGAGGAAACCUUAGGUGAUGGUAGUGAUUCUUUGCUAAGCGCUUCGAAACUCAAGUAUAACAACAAGCAUCAAAUCUAUGACAGGCAGACGAGGAGUGUUAAUGAGGAUAACUUGCAGAAACAAGCAAAAAACGACGUAUUGAUAAGCUCGAAUCACACUGAUGUUAAAUUCAGAAAAAGUCUUGAUGACCUAUGUCACUUCGAGAAUGAUGAUACAAAAAAAGAUAAAAAAACGUUAAGAAGUUACGAAAUUCAAAAAUCAAAAAUGGUUAUGGAUGUUAGAUCUAUUAACAGACAAAUCGACAUUUAUAAACAAUUCGAUUCUAUUCCCAAAGGAUUUGAGAUGUCCUCUAGAUCGACCGAUCAACGGAAGAUUCAACAUAGCUCUAAAUAUAGAAGCGAAAAAGAAAAGAGGAAAUACUUACGUCGCUCGGCUAGUCAUGAUUAUCUUGAAUCAAAUGUAUCCAGUCCACAAUCAAGACGAUCGGGAAGCAGAGUGGAAUGUCGCAUCAGAAAAUUCGAGAGUUUAAAUUCCUUCGACGAACAUCAAAGUUUGCAAAAUUAUAAAAGAUCGAAUGACUUAGAGAAUCUUGGUAUACAAGAGCAGACAUCCCUUUUAAAUGAUCCUUCUAGAUUUAAAAUGCGCAGAUCGGAAUCUUUUCAUCACCUCUCUCAUAUAUCGAAAAGGCAUCAAUGCUCAUCAAAGGAGGAAAGCGACAACGAUCUUUUUUACAUCACCGAUUUUAAUCUAAAGCCUUUUAUUACGAGAAAACCACAAUCACUUGAUGCGCAAAAGUCUCCUAGCCUGAUAACAAAAUCUCUGGAUAGGAUUGAUGAGGGGCUAGAUUCGAUGGUUGAUAUUAUUAUUACACAAGAACAAAAUCAAUGGAAUAAACAUCACUCAAAGAAGAUCGAGUCCCACGACGAGAAGCAGUUGAUGAGAUCAAAAUCGAUCAGACCUGAUGAUUUUUGUGAUAACUCUUCAGAAUUUCAUCAGCAGGAAAAAUUGGAUAAUCUUAUUUCUGGAAACAAGCAUCUCAGCAAUGAUGAAUUGUAUUAUGUUAACAAUGAGCGGUUAAAAAACAAUGAAUUUUAUGAGGAACAGACAUCUCACGAAUGGAAUUAUCAUAAUGCAUUAAAUUAUACAAAAAGCAAGAGUGAAACUAUUUCAGAAGAUUUACCAAUAAUAUUAACGAAAAAUAAUAUAAGACAUAACUCCUUUUGUCAGAAAGAUAAAAUCAAUAAUAAGCUUGCUGGCAGACCGAGCGAAUCGAAAAUUUUUGCUGGACGAACAUAUGAUACAUUUGGUCUGGGGAAGAAUCGUUUCAACGCGGGCAAAUAUUCGGGAAAUCAACAAAUUAAAGAAAGUCCAAUUGGUCGAAGAAACACGACGUCAUCGGUAAUUGGAAAACGUGAUAAGGUAACAGACAUCGUUUCGGGUCUUUAUUGAAUGAGUUGAAUUUUAUAUUACAUAUUAUAUUUUAUAUUAUAUUUAUAUGGAGUU